CAUUCCUUUCUACUCCGAGAGCUGUGCUCCGAUCCGAUCCUUAACCAACGGUCAUUCUCGAUUCCAACACGCUCGAAAAAAAAAAAUGGUCUCCUUCGCGGCCCUCGUUCUACUCGCGGCCUCGCUCGUCGCUGCCAUCCCGGCGCCCGACCCGACCCCAGCUCCCGUCGCGUUCCCGGAGCCGGACCCCCAGAACGACAGGGCCAACAACGGCGCAAACGGCAUUGCCAACGCCGCCGAUAUCGCGUUUGCUGAAGUCUUGGCCCAGGCCGGCAUCGGCGGUGCCAUCACCGAGGGCCCGGCCUUCGAGUCCGCCAGCGCCGCGGCGGCCCAGGCCAGCGCCGAGGUCGUCGCCGAGGCGAUUGCCGCCAACGAGGCCGCGGGCAUCGACAUCGACUUUGAGCUCGACGAGCUCGCCGCCCAGGAGCUGGCCAAGAUCCAGGGAGGCGGUAACGGCCAGGGGCAGCAGGGAGCCGGCAACGGCCAGGGGCAGCAGAGAGGGAACUAGGCUUGGAACUUCCUUUGUUCCACCAAAUUAUGUGCUUUUUGG